CGUACCAGCAUGGAAGACUCGAUAGGGAAAGUUGUUAUUCCUGGUGACAUAUUACAGAAUUUGGAUGAGAAAAAAGGGAAAAUUAAAGUAACAGUAGGCCCAGGUCUCAUACGCGAUGGUUCUCAUAUAGCUGUGACAAAAAGUGGAAUUCUCAGGCAUAGAGAACCCAGUGUAUUUUGGGUUGAUUGCCACCAAAAAAGGUAUGUUCCAGCAAGAGGAGACAAUGUGAUUGGCAUUGUUACAGCCAAACAAGGAGACGUUUUUAAAGUGGACAUCGGCAGCAGUGAACCAGCAUCGUUAUCUUUCAUGGCCUUCGAAGCUGCAACGAAGCGCAACAGACCCAACUUGAAUGUUGGCGAUUGUGUAAAUGCAAAGUUGUUGGUGGCCAAUAAGGACUGUGAGCCAGAGUUGGUCUGCAUCGACAGCUAUGGUAGAAGUUCUGGACUAGGAAUUCUGCCGAACGAGGGAUUCCUUCUCCAAUGCAGUAUUGGCCUUGUGAGACAGCUUCUAAGAAAUAAGUUCAAUGUUCUAACAUUCCUGGGAAAGGCCAUACAAUACGAGGUUGCCAUUGGGAUGAACGGACGCAUCUGGCUUCACUGUCACACAGUGAGAGAGACUAUUGCCAUCAGCAACGCGAUCUGCCGAUCAGAACUGAUGAGCGACGAAGAAGUGCAGAUCAUGAGUAAAAAAGUUGUGGACUCGCUGCAAGGUUUCGAGUGAUUGGCGGUUUGCCAACAAGUCCAUCCUCCAACAGAAUGUCGGUGUCAGCGUCGUUGUUGGAGUUGGCACAAACACUCUUCAGUAUGCUUGGGACCAUGCUAGCAGGAACAAUUGUGCUAAUAUUCAUAGGCCACACGUGUGCUUUUAUGUGAUUUUUGUAUAUAGUCAAGACAGAAAACAAGACGUCUAGAAAACAAUAAACAACAAUUUAUUAUGAGAUAA